ACACACUCGUCUCUGCUGCACCGAUCACACACUUGUCUCUGCUGCACUGAUCACACACUCUUCUCUGCUGCACCGAUCACACACUCCUCUCUGCUGCACACACUCUGCUCUCGGCCGCCAUGAGCCUCUAUAACAGCCGUUCCGCCUCCAGUCGUGGUUUCAGCAGUCGUUCACACGGUUCUCUGGGUCGUCCUGGGGUCUUCAGGGCCAGCAGUGGAUACCAGCCCGGGAUACAGCGAGCGCUGAGCGGCCUGAACCUGUCCCGGGCCCCCGGGGCCCCCGGCUCCAGCACCUUCCUGCUCUCCUCCCUGCCCUCCCUCCAGGUGGACCCCAAGCUGCAGCAGAUGAGGAACCAGGAGAAAGAACAGAUGAAGGGGCUCAACAACCAGUUCAUCAGCUUCAUAGACAAGGUCCAGGAGCUGGAGAGACAGAACAAGAUCCUGAAGACUCAGCGGCGCCUCCUGAAGGAGAAGGACGAGUACAAGACCAACAUUGACCAGAUCACCGUGACCGCGAGCAACCACCUGAAACAGCAGAUCGAUGGCCUCCUGCACGACAAGGACAAACUGCAGGGGGAGCUCCACAACAUGCAGGCCGUGGUGGAGGAGCUAAAGAGCCGAUACGAGGAUGAAAUCAACAGACGUAAUCAACUAGAGAACGAUUUUGUGCUGACGAAGAAGGACCUGGACGACACUUAUCUACAUAAGGUGGACAAUGAAUCCAAACUGGAAAGUCUGACGGAUGAGAUUGAGGUUCUGAAGCAGCUGUAUAAGGAGGAGAUCCUGGAGCUGCAGUCUCAGGUGCGCGGUGAGAAGGUGACGGUGGAGAUGGACAAUAACCGUCAGCUGGAGAUGAGGCAGAUCAUGGAGGAGGUGCGAGCGCAGUACCAGAGCAUGGCGGACAAGAGCCGACAGGAGGCCGAGCACUGGUACAGGAGCAAGAUUGAUGAUUUGGUCGCUCAGGGUAGACGGGCGAACGAUGAGCUUAAGGCCCUGAAGGGCGAGGUGGUGGAUCUGCACCGGGUGAUACAGCGCGUCAACAAUGACAACGAGGCCCUAAAGAAUCAGAGGACAAACCUGGAGCACAGUAUCGCGCACACAGAGGAGAGCGGGGAGCGCGCCAUCCAGAACGCCAAGGUGCACGCCCAUGAGCUGGAGGACGCCCUGCGGAGGGCAAAGCAGGACAUGGCUGGGAAAGUGCGUGAAUACCAGGAUCUGAUGAACACCAAGCUAGCGCUGGACAUCGAGAUCGCAACGUACCGGAAACUGCUGGAGGGGGAGGAGACCAGAUUGAACAAUCAUCCGAUCAAUUCCAAGCUGAUCCCCACGGAUAAGAUGGCCGGUCUCCUCCACUUUGAUGGGAAAUCUUCCCCCAAGCCAAAGAAAGUUGUUGUGUUGAAGACGAUUGAGCUGAGUAAUGGCCGCCCGGUGUCUGAGGCUAGCCAUUACAGCCAGGAGUAAUGGCCGCCCGGUAUCUGAGACUCGCCGCUACAUCCAGGAGUAAUGGCUGGCCGGUGUCUGAGGCUAGCCGCUACAUCCAGGAGUAAUGGCCGCCCCGGUGUCUGAGGAUCGCCACUACAGCCAGGAGUGAGCACACAACGCACACUGCGCUCACACCGCCCCAGUGAACAAUCCUGCCAAUACUGAUACCAAUAAAAUCUGAUGA